GAAGUAGCGCUCUGCUGUCUAUCGUGGCGCAGCGUGUUGAAAGACCGGUGUGUAAAAGUGGUUUGGUGAAAGACGAAAGUCGUUUGGCUUUUCCCUACAGCUAUAGCAUAAUUCUGGAAACUUGCAUUACUGCAAUGCAUUAACUUACCGAAUCUUUGUUACAGACGUAAAGUAGUACGAGGCUGACAAAGAGAACGUGCAAUGCGAUCCCGCCACCCAAAAUUUUGAAACAUAAGGAAAGAUGUUUUGGACAUACUGAUGGAUUUCACAUUUUACUCAUCGUCGUAUGCACUGCGAAGCUCGAUAGCUUUCAUAAUAUAGAGCUAAUAAUGUUCACUUUGACAGUGUGUGAAUCUACAUAAUUGAACUGCUUCGAACGGUUUACAAUGUCUAUCGCUGAGGUCUCGUUAGUCCAUAUAUUUGGGCUUAGGAACGACAUUCCGAAUAACGUAUGUUACUGCGAUGAUCAGAACAUAAUUUACCCAGCUGGAUCUACGAUACUCAGCUACAAUGUGCUUCACAAGCAUCAAACGCAUUUCGAUGAUCUAAGAAAACUCAGGAAUCUGAAGAAUUUUGCGUUGAGCCAAAACAAACGUUACCUGGCCGUCUCUGACUGCGUUGACAAGCCGACCAUCUUCAUCUAUGACCUGUCUACGAGCAAACGGCGCAAGACGCUCUACUGCACAGAGGUGCAGUCCAAGGACGUCGUGUCUCUGUCCUUCUCCAGCGACCACAAGUAUGUGCUGGUGCUCGGUGGCAGCCCGGACUACACGCUUGUCGUCUACCUCUGGGAGAAGGGGAAGAUCGUCACCACGCUCAAGCCGAACAUGCCCAACACCUGGGCAGCCGUCAACCAGGCGGUGUACAACCCGGCGGACCCGGCAGUGAUCGUGGUGGUGGGCCAGCACCUGCUGAAGAUGCUGCGACUCACCGAAGGAUCGCUGCGUCAGUUUGGUCACCAGCGCGUUGAAAACACCAACUACAUGUGCGCCGCCUGGGCAGGUCAGAACCGUCUGCUGGUGGGUACCGACCAGGGUCGCGUGGUGCUGUAUGACGCUGCUGAACUGAAGGCCGAGUUCCGGCUGGGCGAUGUGCUGGGGAAGGACUCCUCCUCGGAGGCAGACCGCCGUUCGGUGAACGGCACCCGCUCCGGCUCGGUGGUGUCCGGAGGAGGUGUUGGCGCCGGCACACCCGUCACCAGCAUCGUCACCUUCUCAAAGGGUUUCGUGGCCGUGUGCGGCGUGGGCAUCGCGCACGUGUUUGACCGCGCCGAAGACCAGACGACCGAGUUCUACCGUCUGCUGCGGACGGUACACGUGCCUCAGGACCCGGGCAGGAUGGCGGUCACCCAGGAGGCGCCGCCGCAGGAGGGUAUCACCGGCCUGGCGGUCAGCCCCUCCGAGGAGACGCUGGUGGCCGCCUCCACUCGCAGUCAGCUCUACGUCAUCUCCAUGAGCAGCGUGUUUCUCAGCAAUAAGGGUUCCGACUGCGUGUUUGAGCACCUGUCGACGCCGUUCCACCACGGCUCCAUCCUGGACAUGGAUCUGGCGUACCGUCGGCCGUUCGCCGUGACGUGCGGCGCCGACCGCUCGGUGGCCAUCUGGAACCACAAGGCCAUGACGCUGGACGUGUACAAACAGUUCCAGGACGACCUGCACAGCGUGGCCAUACACCCGCUAGGUUACAGCGUACUGGCCGGCUUUUCCGACAAGCUGCGGUACAUGGUGAUCCUGAUGAACGACAUGCGCACCAUCAAGGAGUUCGCCAUCCGCUCGUGCACCCAGUGCGCGUUCAGCAAUGGCGGCCACCUGUUCGCCGCCGUGCACGGCAACGUCAUCCAGAUCUACUCGACCAUCACCUUCGAGAACGUCGGCAACCUCAAGGGUCACGGCGGGAAGAUCCGCGCGCUGCGCUGGGCUCCCUCGGACAACCGUCUGGUGUCGUGCGGCAUGGAGGGGGCCAUCUACGAGUGGGACCUGCAGCUGUGCAGACGCUGCGGCGAGAACGUGCUCCGCGGCUGCAACUACUUCAGCACGGCCGUGUCGCCCGACGCUAAGACCAUCUACGCCGUCGGCUCCGACAAGAUGAUCAAAGAGGUGUCCGACUCGCAGGUGAUCCGUGAAGUCAGCUGCCAGGACGUGGUGCCCACGUGGAUCUCGCUCUCUCGCUCGGGCCGUAUGAUGUUCCUUGGUCUGCAGAGUGGUGUCCUGCGCUCCGUCAAGUUCCCUCUCUCCAUUCCGGGAGAGUGGGAGGAGCACCACGCCCACAACGAUGCCAUCACAAAGAUGGUGGUGCUGGCGGACGACACUCAGAUGUUUACCUGCUCGUCGGACGGCACCCUGGCUCUGUGGUCCAUCGCCGACCCCGAGGGAAGGCUCUCGAAACGAGAGCGCACCGUGCCUUACUCGGAGGAGAUCCUCGUCUCCAAGGCCGAGCUGGACGAGAAGAUCCAGCUGAUAAACGAGCUGAACACGCGGGUGUCUGAGCUGCGACUGGAGAACGAGUAUCAGCUGCGGCUCAAAGACAUGACGUACGGCGACAAGAUCCGACAGCUGACCGAGCGAGCCGAACAGGACAUCCAGACGCUCAACGGAAACAUCGAGGCUCUGAAGGAUGAAAAGAGCGAGGAUCACGCGGCGCACAACCGCGAGCUGGAGACGCUGCACGCACAGCACGAGGAGGAGGUGCAGUUGCUGGAGUCCAACAACAACGCCAAGCUGAUCGUCGAGUAUGAAAAGUACCAGGCGCUCGAGAACAAGAUGGCACUCAUGAAGGAGGACUACGAAAAGCAGCUGGUGGAGCAGGCCGAGGCGGACCGCGCCGAGCUGGCCGCCCAGGCCGAGGAGUACGAGGACCGGCUGACAGAGAAGGUGGCCCUCCUGGACGAGGCUCGUGAGGAGGCGCUCCAGCAGAAGAAGACCUACGAGGAGAUGCAGGUGCAGAUUGAGGAGGACGCCGACCGAGAGAUUGUCGACAUCAAGACCAAGUACGAGUACAAGCUGAAGGCCGAGCGUAACUCCAACGUCCGACUGCGCGGGGAGACGGGAGUGAUGAAGAAACGCUUCGUCAGUUUGUCUAAAGAACUAGAGGAGCAGCGUCAGGAGAUUCAGCGUCUGCAAGGAGAGCACAGCAAGCUACAGUCCAUUAUCAAAAACCUCGAGCGGGACAUCAUCGGGCUGAAAAAGGAAGUCACGGAGCGAGACGAAACAAUAAAUGAAAAGGAAAAACGGAUUUACGAUUUGAAGAAAAAGAAUCAGGAGCUGGAGAAGUUCAAGUUUGUGCUCGACUACAAAAUAAAGGAACUGAAGAAGCAGAUAGAGCCCAGAGAGGCUGAAAUAAAGGACAUGAAGGAAACUAUAAAUGCGAUGGAGAACGAGCUGGAGAACUACCACAAGACGAACACGGAGCAGGAGCUGCAGCUGCAGGAGCUGCGGCAGAAGCUGCGCGCCAUCGAGGCCGAGCUGCACCGCGCCGUGCAGCGCAACUACGACUUCACCAUCGUCAUGAACCGCUACCGCAGCGACCUCUUCAGCUGCAUGGACCACCUGCAGGACCCCAAGAAACUCAAGGAGGGCAUCAAGAGCUUAUACAGCAAGCACGUCACCUCAGAGAUCCGACCGGAGAAACUUCUGGUGGACGACUCCAGUCUGAAGGAGUUCAGCCGGCAGAGGGACUACCUGGAGCGGACCGUAGCCGGCCUCAAACACAAGCUUACCAAAGACACGCACCUGCAGAGAGCCGACAACAUCCGCGUAGUGCAGGAGAACGUUGCGCUGAUCUCUGAGAUCAACAACUUGCGUGCCGAGCUGCACUCACUCCGCGGCAGCAUGGACGAUCUGGAGUCGUCUCUGGGCCUGCGCCGCUCCUCCGUCACCCCUGCAGAGGCGCAGAGCAAGCUCGACAGGGCCAUCAUCAAGCUGGACCAGCUGCAGAAGGAGCAGAAGCAGCAGCUGGAUGCGCGAGACCAGAUCAUCGACUCUCAGCGCCAGGAGCUGCAGCUGCAGUCGUCGCAGCUGGUGCAGCUGCAGCACCAGCUGGCCAACUGCUUGGCCCAACCCGACUCCUUCGUACAAACCCUAGGACACGGAGAGGGGGGCGUGGAUGCCGAGACCACCUGAACAGCCGCCGAACGUGUCAGUUUAGUGCAAUACUCGUGAAAUAAGAUAUCGUUGGACCUGAAUCACAUUUCGUUCUGCCGAUGUGCUGGACAACGGAGCCAGUUCUUUGAUUUUGAAAUUUGUUUGUGUGAAUUUUGAUUAUGAAAUCAUGAAAUAUCAAAUGCAAGCUGUCCUGUGUUUGACAGGCAAGACCAAAUGCUCUUUCUGAUGCGUGUGUCAUGUUGCUUUAUUUAUUUUUCAGCAUGUUUUUAGGUAGAUUAGUCAAUUCAAAUGCGUUUUCACUUUGCCCUCCCUUUCACUUUGCAAGUCCCGAAGCUCUUUCACCCACCGAGUAUUUGAAGUCAUUACGCAUUAGGCGCGAGGCCUUUGUGAAGUUUCCUUCCCCUCACGGCGCGUUUACACCUCAUGUAUCUUUAACGUUAAGAAUCUCACCUGAAAAGAUGGAGUGACCACGGUUAGACGACCUGUGUUCUACCCUACUUAUGUGUUAUAGUGAUAAGUUGCGUGUGGACUUUGUGACUUGAGUGAACAUCGCAUUGGACGAGUACGAAUGUAAAAGAACAUCGACAGUAAAAUUCAGUCAUGUA